AUAGAUUGAAAAUAUACAACUUAAUUACAUUUAAUAUACACCAUACACACUAUAACCCCAAAAAUUUAGAAUAAUAGUUUUUACCAUCAUUGUGACACUCCCAGAAUUUAAAUAGUAUAAAAUCACUGUUAAAAGUUGUUCACGACAUCAGUUUUAGUGAAACAAAGUUACUGACAACAUUCAGAAAGAACACAAAGAUUCUUUUCAGCGUAAUUACGUGAAAUUGGUUAAAGAAACGCCGGUGGAUGUUGUAACAGACCAUCUAUACCAGGCUGGAAUACUUACUGACGAAUUGAAGGAAGAUAUUUUACAACAGUCGAAUUCGUAUUCAAAAACUAGACAGCUGAUAUCUACUAUUCAGAGAAGAGGUGCACAAGCAUUCGAAAGUUUUUGCUCUGCUCUUACUUUAGAGGGAAAAUCAAAUCUGGUUAAUCUUUUGAAAAGUUCAAUAACUGAUACUUCAGGAGUGAGCAAAAAUCGAUGUAUGUUACCUAUAGGUGGAGACAUAAUUGUUGUGCCUAACGAAUGGUGUGAUAAAUUGUUGAUCCAUAUUCGCAAAUACGAGAAAAACUCCACAGGUGCUUAUAUUCCAACCAAAAAAGGAAUAGCUUUGAAUUUACCACAAUGGGUGCUUUUGGAAAUGUAUGCUAGUGACAUAGAUGAUGCUAUAGGUCAGAUGAUUGAUGAUGUUGACGGAAAUCCCGAAAUGACAUUUCAUCUUGGUAAAGGUGUGUACGUUACUGUGAAUAGAAUAUAUCAAACCGUAGACGUGCGACAGCGUUGGAUGAUUCCCAAUUCAAGCCAAGUUGUUCCAACAAAGAAAGGUAUUUCUUUAACAUACGAUAAGUGGGAAGCUCUUAAAGGAACAUUUACUGAAGUAAGACAGGUUGUACAAGAACUGGAAAACAUUGUUCCUUGUAUUCUAGGAGAAGAUCACCAAGAACAAGAGAGCAUGUUAAACUGUUCAAGUUGUAAUCCAUUCGGGGAAAUUUUGUAAACAGCUGUGUAUAAAAGCAUUGACUUCGUGUUAUAUUGUCAUUAGGUCUUUUACUCGUUCAGGAAACAACAUGAUGUCAAGAACAG